AUGGAGCUUACCAAUGAAAAUUCAAGUGACGUAAAAUCGACAGCUGACGAGAACAGUGAAACCAUUUCUGUCAAUGAUUCUAUAGAUGUUGGUAGGAGUGUGGAGAUUGGAAAGAAUGAAGUUGGGAUGGAUAGUGAUAAUAUGGCCGUCGAUGCGCUGCCUAGCAUUGAAGAACAGAAAGCCUUAAUUUCGAAUUUAAAUGAGAAAAGUUACGAAAUUGCUAAAGAAGGUGAUCCGGUAUUUGUCAUUCCGUCUUCAUGGCAUGAGAAAUUCUGGGAUCCGAAUCUUAAAAGUUUGCAGGACAUGGGUCCAAUCGAUACCCUCUCCAUUUGUAAAGAUUUCAAUAAUGGGAUCCUCGAGGACCACCACUCGAUUGCUUACCAAGCGGUGCCGAAGUCUGUUUUUGAAAAAUUCAUGGAAUGGUAUGGACUAUCGUAUGGCUCGAAACCAAUUGAAACAGUUCUAGUUGCUGAUGAGCAAGGAACUUUGCAUGCUGAAUAUCAACGGAGCUUGUUCAGAGUCUAUUUAUUGACAGAGAAAAAAGACGAAAGGCGGAGGUAUCAAUCAGAAAUGCGACCUUUAUUUUUCACGAAAAGCAAGUUAAAUGUCAUAGAAGAUGUUUAUGAGCGCUGUUUGGAGAUUUUCGCUGCCAAUGAGGCUAGUUUCAAUCCAACCGUUCACGAAAGCAGGGUCUGGUACGUCAAAGAAAAUAGCCAAUCCGUCAAAGAGCAGAUGAAGAUGUCUCAGUAUAGGAUGAGUCUUCUGGAUUUCGCAGAAAUGCCUUUAAAGCGGAGGAUCACUACUGAAAUGUUUAGAAUACGAGUGAAAGAUGUCAAAUUUCAGGUUGUUGAUUUGGUUGUGGAGUAUAAGGUACGCAACAAGACCCAUCACUGGCCAUCCAACUACUUUUUUUACCACCCACUCACCCCUUCCAAAGGUAUCACAGGGCUUUCUAACUUGGGGAACAGCUGCUACAUGAAUUCUGCAAUUCAGUGCUUGGUCCACAUUCCCGAGGUCAAAGAUUACUUCCUGUAUCGAUGUUUCGAAGAAGAACUCAAUCCGCAAAACCCGUUGGGUUACUCGGGACACAUUGCGCAGGCCUUUGGCACCUUGGUUUGCAAGCUUUUUAGUGAGACAAACUCGUUGACUUCAUAUGUUCCUAGGAGCUUUCAAACGGCAAUUGGGCGUUAUAACUCGUUGUUUUCCGGCUAUUUACAGCAAGACUCCCAGGAGUUUUUAGCAUUUUUACUUGACGGUCUACAUGAAGAUUUGAAUAGGAUAAAAGCCAAGCCCUAUGUGGAAAAGCCUGAACUGAAAGCCUCGGAUGAUGUGCACGAUCUAGAUGUGAUCAAGAACCUUGCAGAAAGUACAUGGCAAAAGCACAAGCUGCGCAAUGAUUCAAUCAUCACUGAUCUUUUUGUAGGCAUGUACAAAUCGACGUUAAUCUGUCCCGAGUGCAAGAAGAUCUCAAUAACUUUUGACCCGUACAACGAUUUGACACUGCCACUUCCUGUUGAAAGCCAUUGGACAUCAAAGGUUCUCUUGUUUCCCAAAAAUUCACCUCCGUGUACAUUAGAGGUGCAGCUAUCAAGAACUUCAACAUAUGAGGAUCUUAAACAUUAUAUCGCCAAUUGUGCAAACAUGGAAGCUAAAGAUUUGAUCGGAGUCGACAUUUAUGGUCAUCAAUUUUACAGUAAUUUCGAAACCAGUGAUUCGGGUUCCAAGUUUCUGCCGUUGAGCGAGUUAAUUUCUGAAAGUGACACGUCAGUUUUCUAUGAGGUUCCACGUCAACAAGGCGAAAUAGUUGUUCCUGUUUUGAACUCAAGAAUCGAAAAAGGAUUUACGACGGCAAAGCUCUUCGGAUUUCCCUUCUUCAUAACUCUAAAUCAAGAAGAAGUUUUCUCCUACGGUGCUAUAAGAAGCAAGCUCGAAAAGGCAUAUUGCUACCUAAGCGGAGGUUUUGCUGAAUUUCCUUUGUUGAGCAAGAAUUGUAAAACCUCUGCGGAGGAACUUCCGUUUUUAAAGUUCAAGUAUGCCGGUAUUGACCUUUCUCACUUCGAAAGCGAUAUUUCUUAUUGCGUGCCACAUGAAGACCUUAAUGCUUUCUUCAAUAUUAAAGUUUUAAAUCACAAUACUGAAUCAGUUGCUGGCCAAAAUGGCGAACGAAACGGUUCUCUGCCGAAUUCGGUCUGGACUCCAAGUCCUCGUGCUGAUAUUUCGGCUGCCACUGAGAUUUUUUCGUCCUUGAGCAAUAUUGUCCGUGAUAUCUAUAAUUACAAAGGCUUGAGUGAGUCAGAAGGCGAAGAGCUGAAGGAAUUAGCAUCGUUGGCGCGGAUUGAGGAUGUGUCGAUUUUGUCUCAGCGAAAAGACUCUGAGGAAAAUUCUGAGCCAAUCCACUCUGACAUGGACGUCGAUACUGAUCAAAGUGUUGGUCUCGAAAAUGGAAUUACCUCGAAAAAUAGCAAUAUUUCGGAGGAGGGCAAAAAUGGCCAAAUAUUAGAGUACCCUCGAGAGCAGCUUAUCAAGUCACGUUCUGUCAUAAUUUGUGAAUGGAAUGAAAAUGCUGCGGAGAUUUUCUCUGAUGCCAAUCUGUCCACAUGGGACAGGCCAGCCCUUUUACCGAAUGCAAAGCUGGAAGCUUUCAGAAAUCAACGGGGCGGGAAUGAAAGAAAAGAGAUCAAACUCGAUGAAUGUCUUGGCUUGUUUUCUCAGCCAGAAGUUUUGGGGGCAACUGAUUCUUGGUACUGUCCCAAUUGUAAAGAACACCGCCAGGCUUUAAAAAGAAUUGAGUUAUGGAGUACACCUGAUAUCCUUCUCAUACAUCUAAAGCGCUUUCAGAAUAGAAACUCAUUUAGCGAUAAAAUUAAUGACUUAGUGGAGUUCCCCAUCUCAGGAUUUGAUAUCUCGCCCUUUUUAGCUUCUAAAGAAGUUUCAGAUUCCAACAUAUAUGACUUGAUUGCAGUUGAUAAUCAUUAUGGUGGUAUGGGAGGUGGUCACUACACAGCGUACGUGAAAAAUUUUGCUGAUGAUAAUUGGUACUACUUCGACGACUCUCGGGUCAGUGAAACGAGUCCCGAGCAAUCUGUCUCCGGUGCGGCUUACCUAUUAUGUUAUCGCCGUCGUAAUCCUGCAAAUAAGGUUUGUGGUGGGAGGCACUUCGAGGAAAUUAUUAGCCAUGCCCGCAGAGAUAACGACUUGAAGCUUGAAGAGUUCAAUGACAGACAGAAGUCGUUCCAUCUGGAAAAUUUGACAGAAGACGAAAUCGACGCAGAUAAUUUUGACAUGGAAGAAGAAAGCUGUCAGGUCAAAGACGAUAAUCUAACAAGCGUUUCAGAGGGUCCAGCGUUAGAGAUCAACGAAGUAAGGAGGAUAUCUUUAAAUGAAGGCGACGUCAAUCGAAAGAAACUUCGAUUAAUUCGAGAUAAUUCGAAGGAGUGUCUCAAAUCUCCUGCAAUGAGUUUCGGCACGUCAGAUAGUGAAGAUACUGGUGAUGGUAGCGACAGGGCCAGCGAGUCUCUAAGGGUCUAA